CAGCCUCCUCCUGGCCGCGUGCGUUGAGACAUACAGUUUUCAUGUAGAGAGAGGAGCGGCGCACAAGAGCUCUUUCUCUCUUCUCACUCUCGUCGCUCUCGCUUGUGCUGAGAAAUUACAAUAUUCAUCACGGGGCGAACAACCCACUUUAUUCUCCCCGUUACACUAUCGCGAAGAAGCUCAAUUCGCUCUCAUCUUCAGAGUAAGUAACCGUGUCCUCGCGCAGCUCCAAAUGCGCUCGCGCUGAGUUUUGUUCUCUACAGAUGACUUUUGAUGUGAUGCGCUGUUUCGCUUCAUCUUUCGUGCUCCGGUUGUUAGCUGUUAUUACGCAGACAUUAGCUAAAACUUUAUUAUAAAGUCGUGUCAUUGUGGAGGGACUGCAUCUUUAUGUUAUUCGCAAUUGAUCAUGAAGUUCCCAGGGUUCUCGACCUGUGCCCAGCUGACAAGCUUUCAAAGAUGGCACAAUAACAGUUCCAGUGAUGCCUGACCAUGACAGCUCAGACCUCUUAAGCAGACAAAGCAAGAGAAGAAGAGUUGACAUAGGAGUGAAGAGGACUGUUGGGCCAGCAUCUGUUUUUUUUACCCGAGCAAACGCAACCUUUCUUAGUGCCAUGAAUCCCCACAGCUCCGAGCAGGAUAUUGAGUGUUCAGUUGUGCAGCACGCAGAUGGUGAGAAGUCCAAUGUGCUUCGCAAACUGUUGAAGAGGGCAAAUUCCUACGAAGAUGUUAUGAUGCCCUUUCCAGGGGCAACCAUCAUCUCUCAGCUUCUAAAAAACAAUUUGACCAAAAACAGUGGCAGUGAGUCUAAUUUCCAGGGGAGCGUCCUCUCGAGCACCGGCUCAGAGAUACAGCAAGAGGAUGCUUGCAGCAACUCCUCACGGGGCAGCCCUCAGGAGUGCCUUUCACCAUUCAACAGGCCCUCCAUGACCCAAUUUGAAAUGGAGAGGCUAACAGAUGAGCAUCUCAGGGCCAAACGAGCCCGCGUGGAGAAUAUCAUCCGUGGGAUGAGCCAUUCUCCGAGUGUCACGCUCCGCGCAGGUGAUAACGAUCGCGAGGGGGGAGCCCAGCCCCCUAGUCCUCGUGAGAACUACCGGGAAAACAAGCGCAAGCAGAAGCUGCCACAGCAGCAACAGCAGAGUUUCCAGCAGCUCGUCUCGGCCCGCAAAGAACAGAAACACGAGGAACGCCGGCAACUGAAACUGCAGCUUGAAGACAUGCAGAAACAACUUCGGCAAUUGCAAGAGAAGUUCUACCAGAUUUAUGACAGCACUGACUCUGAGAACGAUGAAGAUGGAAACAUCUCAGAAGACAGCAUGCGUUCCGAUGGAAUGGACAAUCGUGCCCACGACUCUGUCCCAGAUCGCUCCGACAAUGAGAUGUCUGACCUGGAUCCAGGGCACUUCCUAGAUCGAGCACGUGCACUUCUUCGUGAGCAGUCCAUGAUGACAGAGGGGGACAAGCCCAAGCACAAUGGGUCACGAGGCAAGGGACCAACCUCCAUGCACGCAGAGGGUAAACAGUUAGCAGAGACACUAAAACAAGAACUGAACACGGCAAUGUCCCAGGUAGUUGACACAGUGGUAAAGGUCUUUGCGAAACCUCCACGCCCAAUUCCUCAGGUUUUUCCACCCCUGCAGAUGCCCCCUGAUCGUUUUGUAGUCAACGGAGAAAACCCAAACUUCCAUACUGCCAACCAGCGCUUGCAAUGUUUUGGCGAUGUCAUCAUUCCCAAUCCCCUGGACACUUUUGCUAGUAUGCAGAUGCCCAGUUCAAAUGACCAAACAGAGGCUCUGCCUUUGGUAGUUAGAAAGAGCUCCUCAGAUCAAACUGGGUCUCUGCCCACGCCUGGGAGUCACCACCAUCCCUCACUGCACCCCUCUCCCUUAUCUUCCACGAUGGGCUUCAGUCCUCCCUCCUUCCGCCAUCCUUUCCCCCUUCCUCUCAUGGGUUACCCUUUCCAUGGCCCUUUAGGUGCCCCAACAGGGCCUUACCCUGGAAAAGACAGGUCUUCUCCGGAGUCUCUGGAUCUGUCCAGAGAGACCACCAGCCUACGGACCAAGAUGUCGUCCAGCCAUCUCAGCCACCAUCGUUCCAUCUCACCAACACACCCAGGGAAUGAAGGCUUGUCCUUGUCCCUCAUCAAGUCCGAGUGUGGAGACCUGCAGGACAUGUCUGACAUCUCGCCAUAUUCAGGAAGUACAAUCCAAGAGGGGCUUUCUCCAAACCAUCUGAAGAAGGCCAAGCUGAUGUUCUUUUACACCCGCUACCCCAGCUCCAACAUGCUGAAGAUGUUCUUCUCAGAUGUGAAGUUCAAUCGCUGCAUCACAUCUCAGCUGAUCAAGUGGUUCAGUAACUUCCGUGAGUUCUACUACAUCCAGAUGGAAAAGUUUGCCCGGCAGGCCAUCAAUGACGGUGUGACAGGAGUAGAAGAGCUGAGCGUCAGCCGCGACUGUGAGCUUUUCCGCGCUCUCAACAUGCACUACAACAAGGCCAACGAUUUUGAGGUUCCGGAGCGAUUCCUGGAAGUGGCACAGAUCACAUUACGGGAGUUUUUCAAUGCCAUUGUGGCAGGCAAAGAUGUUGAUCCUUCCUGGAAGAAGGCCAUUUACAAGGUCAUCUGCAAGCUGGACAGUGAGGUCCCAGAGAUUUUCAAAUCUCCCAACUGUCUGCAGGAGCUUCUGCAUGAGUAGAGAUUUCAAUCGCUUACCAAGUAUCAUCAUCCCUUCUUUUCCAGAAUCUUUAUGAAGUAAGAGGUAGCAUUCCUAUUUUUAAGUCCCAGCUACUUUUGAAUGACUUAGCUGUUAAUUUUUUUGUGUUUCUUUUUGGGAAAGUCUAUAAAAAUCUUGAUUGUUUUGACUGUAUUCAAUCCUUCCUCCCUUUUCCCUGCCUUUUAAACGGUAAUUACUAUGUUUACCAUGCGAUGGUUAACAAAUGGAACUGACACCCUGAAUUUCUCUCUUUUAUUGGUCAUUUUGUUGAGGGUUUUGUUUUAUCCCUGGAUGUUUGCAAUGUGUGAUGGUUUUACUAUUGCUGAAUAAGACUUGCAUUUGUAGCUUGUAUAGAUGUAAUUAUUAUUUAUGAUUAAUAUAAUUAUUACCAUUAAUGUUAUUAAAGCUUGCUGCAAAAAAAAAAAGGAAGACAUGACAAGACAAAAAAAUGACAUGUGGUAUUCUUGUUUCUCAUGGCAAUGCUACAAAAAAUAAAUUAUUCUUUGGACAAAAAAAAUAAUAAUAAAGAGGGAUAUACAUUUUCUAUGUGGGAAAUUCAUAUAUAUAAUAUAUAUAUUUGAUGUUAUUCUUGAAAGGAACAGCAUUAAAUGUUUUUUUUUUUUGUUUUUUGUUGUUUUGUUUAGCCAUUCUUCCUUGUUGGCUAGGGUCCAAUGUUCUUGUGUUUUGUGUCCACAUUGAUAGCACUGGCUCUUGGGAGGGAGGCCUACUCGUAGGUUUUUCCUUGAUGGAGCAGCCUCUCCUGUAACUAAGCAACAUGGCCAUUACAUUCUGGGGCAAGCCAGUUCGGCACAAAAAAGAUGGACGCCUUCCCACUGAGAAACCAUUAUUUCUCAUAAAAAGCACACAAUCAAAACUGCUCAUAUAAACACAUGCACACAUACAAACACAAACCAAAAUACACAUCCCUCUCAUACAUACACAUUCUAAAUUCACAAGCACUCACUCCGUCAAACACGUCCUCUAUGGAGUCAAGAAAAGAUAAUAGUUUUUGUUGAUUUUGUCCUCCUGCUAGCUGGGAACACCUCUAUAAUUGGACUGUAAAUUCUGUAGACUUGAGUUUGGUUUACAAAAUAGAGAUUUUGACUGAGAAUAAUUUGAGAUUAGCAGAGAUUUAAAAAAAAAAAAAAAGGUUGGGUUUUUUUGUACUUACUGGAUUGUACAUAGUUUAUUUGUUAGAAAUGUACAGAUUUGCUUAAUAUUUACAAUAAUCCAAUCAAGCUAUGGCAGUGUACAGUUUAUCAGUAGUAAAUAUUUCAUGUGAGUUUCAUGCUAGAGAAACUUUAUCUGUUGAUUUAAAUUGUACUUUUAUAUAAUUCAUAUGAAGUUCUUUGAUUUGAAGUUGUCUCCUCACGCUUUCUAAAAAAAAUAUACUAGUAAAAGGAUUCACAUUUUUGUAGUUAAGCCUGCUAAGGGAUCUAUGUACUAUGGAUCUAUUACAUGUCCCAGAAACAAUUAGCUUACCCUAGACAUAUAAAGAAAAAAGAACAGUUUAUGAUUAAAACAGUGUCCACAAAAGAAAAAAAGGGCCUUCGGACUCUUUGUGCAUCCAUCCCUAGUUCAUAAAUAAGAGUCGGCAGUAGAGGGCAAGUGCUGGACAUGUGAUCUGCUCUGGAAGCCUGUGCCGUUUGCAUUGGGCAAAUCCAGCUGAUGAACUGAAACGCAGGCCGGCAAUUAUUGUCAGCACAAUGCCUUAAAAAACCUGCUGACUUCUAGAUUAAUGGGCACAAAAGAGCAUGAGGUGCUGUCAUUAUGUCGCCAGGGCUGGCAUCAUCCACAGCCCGCGGACAACGCACAAAACGCCAAGCCAUUCACUAUGCAUUGUAAAGAGGAAGAAAAACAAAACCAAAACAAAGUUAGGAGUUAAAAAGAAAGCAUUUUGGCCCUAUUCAAUUCUCAAGUCUCUUGCAAGGCUGUGCUGACGUACUUUCUACUCUACAUGCAUUGUGAAAAAUAAACAAUUCUUUUAAAGUUGUAAGGACUUUUGUGUCAUAAUGAAAGAAAUGAUUAAUUUAUUUUACUGGUAAUGUUUUGCAACAUUUUUCAACCUACUAAUGAUGGUUGUGUCUUAAUGAGGUAUUUCAAUUUUUGCAUCAAGUUUUGAUUAGUCAUAUUCAGCUGUUGCAGUGUAAAUCUCUUUACAAACAGGCAUUGUGUACUUCACACACUUAAUGAAUCUGAGAAUUGCCUGUGCCUAAUGUUGGUAACACCAGCAGUUUUUUCCAAAAGAAUUGAUAACAUAAAAUGUAACAUAAAUACUAUGAUUUGACUCUAGAUUCUUAUGUAUUGACGUAAUAAUGUCGAUAAGCCUAGAUUGUACACUGGAACAUUUUACACAAAUUGAAAUAGCAGGAUAUAUUUUUCUAGGUUUAAAACAAAAUGCCCUAAACAGUAGGUUCUUGGUAAUUAUCUACACAUAGAGACCUGGGAAAAUUACUUUGACAGCCCUUUUAAAGAAGCAGAGUGUUUCUAAGAAUGACACUAUAGUUCCCCGUGAAUCUGAUGUACUUUAAGCCAUUUAACGUAGCUCAGAGGUAAUAUGUCAGCAUAAGUGCAGGUGUGUGUGCUUGUGUACGUGUGUGUGUGAAUACACAUGAAUACCCAUUUCUGAUAAAUAUUCUUUAUAUAUUGUUUCUCAUUUAAAAAUGUUUUUGUUGUUGUUUGUUUUGUUUUAUUUGUAUUUAUCACUGUAUUGCAUAUUUGAAGGAAACCAGAGGCAGGAUGCAUUCAACAUCUCAAGUCCUUCUUGAUGUAAUUGCUAUUGUACUUCUAGAAGUGUUACGAUUUUUUAAAUGUUUUGAGUGGUGACAUUUGGUUGUUUAUAUUUUGACAGCCCUUCACAAGGGUGUAGAUUUUGCCUGAAAAUUGCAGCGUGAAGCAUUUACCAAUGUUUCCACUGAUCAUGAUAUAAAUAUUGGGGGUGUUGUAACACACCCCCCCACCCGGAAUCUACGCCCCUGCCCCUUCAUCUCACGACCGCUUCAGGGUUGCCCAUCAAAGGUGUUCUCAAUCAGUCUACAUUAAUUUGGUAAUAGAAAUAAGAUGGACUUGUUUGCGUUGAAACACAGGGUCUUUUGCCGUGUAGCUUUGUGUUCGUCCAAAAUCCUAAAUGUAGCUGAUAUGUACAUUUUGCACUCCAUUAAGUUCAAUUGUUCUGGAGUUUCAGAAAGAAUGCCAACUCUCGGAAUAACCUUGAUUCUUGUUUGGAUAUACAGUACACAUUCAUCUCACUUGUGCUGCACUAUUGGGCUUCUACAUAUUAGGAGAAUCUUUUUAGUUGUUUUUCAUGAACUGAAAAAAAAUGUCAUAUAAUGAUUACAAAUCUGUAAAAAUCUGAAUCAAUUGCCAAACAUGGUUUUGGACUGUUUUUUAUAACAAAGAAAGACCAGUUACAAAGAGAUAGAAAGACACUUUCUGGGAGGGGAACAAUUAUUUGUACUGAAUGCAUUGUGUUGUACAAGAUUCUUGACACUUUGUAGAUUUGAUGCUGUAUUUAUGAGGUGUAUGCUCCCUGAAGGGUUUUAAACAUGACUUCACUGGCUUAGACAUGUAUAUAAACACAAACAGGAAAAGAGAAAACACUGCCUUUCUAUGAUUUAGCAAUAUGAUGUAUAUAGCAUUGUUAAGCUUUUUUUGUAUGAGAGAAUUCUUUGAUUAGUAUGGUAAUUCCAGCUGAUACUGUUACAAUUUUGUUUGAUAUGUUUUGAAGGAUACUCAUGACUUAAUUGAUCUGUACACAUACAUUGUUAACGGGAUAGCGUUGUGGGUUUCGUUGUCAAUUUGUCAUGCAGAAGUUUCAUAAUUUAUUGGUUUAAUUUAUCAUAAUUUAUUUGGUGAUGGUGUACAAUUUUGGUAUUUCUGGGGAUGUACUGUAAUAUAAUUUGGUAGAACGAGACAACAUAACGCCCUCAUAAGCUCCUCUGUAAAGACAUAAAAGAGACACUUAUGUCUAGGUAGCCAUUGUUAUUUCAGAAACUGGAGUCAGAAGAGAUGCUUGAUGAAAAAAAAAAAAAGUACAAAACUUUUCAUCUAUUUUGUUUGGAAGGUGAAAAAUGUGUGUUUUGAAGUUUUUAUUUCUUAUCACUUAAUCAGACUUUUACCUUUGCUUUUUACCACCUACACAAUACAGUAGUCAAAGUGCCUCGUGUGCCUUCCAUCUCCUCAGAACUGAAUGUAUGUGCAGUAUAUAUGCAAGCUUGUGCAAAAUAAAAACUAAGUCCUAGA